UUUGUCAAACGCUUUUACGAGGCAGACUUGCAACCGGGCAGUAUGGCUGUCCUUCUGCUGUCUCGAAAAGCAGGACUUGUAAAACAAGUAGCAAAAGGAGCUAAGUGUUUGCUGCAUAAUGAAUUCACCAUAUGUUCUUUAAAAGCACCAAGACAUUACAAACUGAAGACAUGUCAACACAUUCAGUGGCGUACAAUUUCAACAACUAGAUGUGUAGGAAAUGAUAAACUAGCAGAGACUGAUCCAAAGAAUGCAGUUGUAACUGCACCUGUUCUAGAAGUAGAAGAGGAAGAAGAUUUGUACAAAGAACGGUACAUUCCAAUAACAAGACAGUCGUUGAUUAGAUUACUGGUUGAAGAAAAAGCUUUUCUAAGUGAAAGCGAGAAGAAAAUUUAUACAGAUUUUGCUCUUGGACUAGAUUCAGCAAUCGUAAACAAAUACCAUGGCAUUCUUAAUGAAAUUAAGGCACUGUUUGAUCCUAUUAAUCCUGAUAAAGAUACAGUAAAAACCAGAAAGUACACCAGGCGUGAGAAACUUGACAAUGAGUUUUGGUUAUUACAAAGACUAGAAGACUUGGUAGAGAAGGCAAACUUUCAUGAACUCUCAGAAAAUACUCUCAUUAGAUCUAUGAAUGAACAUGAUGUGUCUGAAGGUGUUAGGGUCAAAGUGGAUAGGAACAAUUUUGAUAUUCUUCGUAUUUGGGCCUUAGGAAAAGAGAAACCAGAAAUUAGUAUUCCAUGGUAUAAAAAAUUACAGUUCUGGAAGACACCUGUCAAGCAGACAGAUGGACCGGCCUUUUACAAACGUGUUGUGAUAGCUUUAAGGUUGAAAAAAGAUCAGAAACUUAUGUUAAAAGUAUAUAAAGAAGUUCCAGUGAAUGGUUUAGAAAUGUUAUUACCAGACGGAAGAAUAGUAAUCAAAUCUAGAGACAAACAAAUUAUAGCAGGAUCGGCUUUCCUUGCAAUGUCAUCUGUUUUGGGGAAAUGUGUCACGAUUUUAGCUCAUCUGAAUAUUGAUUGGUUUUUGGUUGUAUUUAUAACGGCUGGACUGUUAGGAGGUCGUACAUAUACUGUGUACAAUAAUCGUAGAAAUAAAUACCUUGCACGAUUAAAUAGACAAUUAUAUUUUAAAAACGUAGCAAAUAACCGUGGCUCCUUGGCUUUGUUGGUUGAUCGAGCUGAAGAUGAAAGUUUCAAAGAGGCACUUAUGGCCUACACAUUUCUGUUGACAAAUAGAUCAGUAUUAGCAAUGAAGAAGGACAUUCAGUUUGUACCAACAGAAUUAGGAAAUAUUACAGAUUUGCAUUUAGAGAGAAAAUGUGAGGAAUGGAUCGAGAAGAAAACAGGUGCCAAAAUUGAAUUUGAUUCAUCAGAGGCCAUCAAACACUUACAAGACUUUGGUAUUCUAAGUAUAUCUAAUGGUAAGCUAAAUGUAUUACCACUUGAUUCAGCCAUGCGUAACCUCCCACAGCAACCGACACCAAAGGUAGAACGUAUGGAGGAAGACUUAUUAGAGGGUUACGACAGGGACUAUUUCUUAGAAAUGGAGGAAAAAUACACAGAAGAGGAAAACAAAGACAAGAAGUAUGGAUGGUUUUGAUUGAUGAUCUAUGCAUAGAAGGAUUUUAUAUUUAAUUUUCGUAAGGUGUUUUUAAACAUGAUUUGUAUUUAUAAAGUUACAGUUUAAAGUAAAUUUCAUGGCUUUGUAACUAGAAGUAGUGACAUGUAUGUUUUCAGUUGAUUUGUGGUGUGUCACCCCCUAUAAAUCAUGAAUUCAAGAUUAUUUAGAGGUUAAAGUAAAUGAACUUGUCGAUUUAUUAUUUAAUGUCAGUAUUCAUAAGAAUAAAGUGAACAAAAAUGCA